GGGAGAGAGGAGAGGGAAGGUUAGGGAAGGUGAGGUUUGAGAAGGGAGUAGGAGGAUAGAGGUGUCCAUCGCCGACGAGAAGUACUUCGCCAUCCUGAUGGACCGCGGCAGCGGUGGCCCCCUCAUGAUCGGGAGCAAGGUAGGCGGCACGUCGAUCGAGGACAUCGCGGCCGCGGACCCCACCGCAAUCAUCAAGAUGCCAGUGGACAUCAUGACUGGCAUCACCGACGAGGUGGCAUCCAGCAUGGCCACCCAGAUGGGGUAUUCUGGCGAUCAGAACAAGGAUCCGUUGAAGUCAGCGCCGAUCGACCAGUACCCAUCCCCAUCGGUUAAACGUUUACCCGCUGGCCGACCGACCUCCCUAGAUGGGGAUAUCUGCAGUUUCCGUCGGGCUCCGUGGCACUUAUCCCCGCGCAGAGGCGGUAGGCUGGUGGCGUGAACGAACUUUGGCCCGUUAGGGAUAGGGAUAUGUGCAGCGAUAUUGAUGGAGGCAAACGCACGCCGCCACCGGGCCAGCUCAAGGCCCUUUCCGCAAUCGGCUCCCAGCCAGGCCCAGGAAGCCACGUGCAACAGUGUCUGGCCCGAAAUGCGCUCGGGCCAGCCUGGUGGUGUGUGGUGCAUGUCUGCCUGCAGCACCGAGGAAGCGACGGCGCUCAUCUCGAAUCUGUACAAGUGCUUCAUCGGAUGCGACUGCACCAUGCUGGAGAUCAACCCGCUGGCGACGCUCAAGGACGGCCGCGUGCUCGUCUGCGACUCCAAGGUCAACUUCGACGACAACGCUGAGUUCCGCCAGAAGGAGAUCCACGCCCAGAGGGACACGUCGCAGGAGAACGCCAUGGAAGUGGAGGCAAAGAAGUAUGACCUGAACUACAUCAAGCUGGACGGCAGCAUUGCCUGCAUGGUGAACGGCGCUGGCUUGGCCAUGUCCACCAUGGACUUGCUCAGCAUUUUGG